AUGUUCGAUACCUUCACCUAUCGCUUCCUCCACUUCCGUCGCCCAACCCUAACCCCCUCUUCCCUCCCUUCUCUCCCCCAGGGCAUUGAGCGCUUCUUCGUUGACACGCCGGGGGGACAGAUCGAAGUCCUCCACGGUAAACCCUCCAAACAGGCUCGCCAUGGAGCUACCCCGCUAUUCUUCGUCCACGGUGGGAUGGGCGGUGCCUGGGUCUGGCUAGAGUACCUCUCCUUCUUUGCCUCGCGCGGCAUCCCCUGCUAUGCUGUCUCUAUGCGCGGCCAUGGCAGCAGCUGGCACCCUUCCUACCUCCGAAUGGUCUACUUCACCACAAAACGCAUGCUGGCCGACGACGUGGUGGCAGCCAUCAAGUGGGUGCAGAAGCGGCAUGACGGAAGGGAGGUGGUGUAUAUAGGCCACUCGAGCGGGGGCGGGCUGGGACAGUACAUCCUCUCAGCACCAGAGUUUGACCACGUCAAAGUAAAAGGACUAGUACUCGCGGGAGCUGUACCCGGGUUUGGUUCCCUGGGAGUCUACAUCAACUGGUGGCGUCUUGAUCCCUGGUUCAGCUUCCGGAUGAUCUUCCAUGGGUGGCACCCAAAUUCGCCGCUCUCCCACCCUGUUCUGACACGCAGAGUCUUCUUCGGCGAGCAGCUUCCGGGUUCUUAUCUGAUGAAGUUCCAGCAACGAGCCAGCAGGUAUGAGAGCUUCCUGUGGCCCUUGGGUAUGAUGAGCCGGUUCGUCAAACCCGAGAAUCUGCUGCCUCGAAUCACAAGCUGGAGGGCAAAUAAAGGACAGGGAAUCAUGGUACUGGGCGGUGAGAUUGACAAGAUCAUGACGAUUCCGGUCAUGGAGAAGCUUGCAAACACCUACCGGGAGAGCUAUACCGGCCUCGUUGCCCAGAAGAAGAUCGAGGGAGACGAUAGAGACGGCGUCAAGAAGCUCCUUGGAGAUGGGGGAAGGGACACUGUUGGUCAAGGGGUAAGAUGCUGCUAUGUACCCGGGGCCGGGCAUCACCUCCAGAAUGAUGUUACUUGGGAGAUUGGAGCUCAAAAGCUGCUGGCCUUUUAUGAGCAGCUGUAA